CCUACUGUGUGUCUAAGGUUGAGACUCAAAACAUGCAUGCCUGAGAGACCUUUAUGUGACCUGUGUGUGUGCAUGGGAGCUUCAAGUGGAAGAAAAAUGAGCUCCGGAGGGGACUUUCAGUAAUCUUACAAGGCUAAGGGAACUAGUCUGUGACCAGAGUACUUGAGUUUCAGACCUAUCUUACCAGUAUGUACGUACGUGAGUGGGGCUGUUACCUGUGUCUGCUUGAAAAUGAUACUCAGGGCCCACCGCCGGCCACCACACCGGGCCCCAGAGGCCAUGGCCUGCCUCCACGAGACCCGCACACCCUCCCCUUCCUUUGGGGGUUUCGUGUCCACCCUAAGUGAGGCGUCCAUGCGCAAGCUCGACCCAGACACUUCCGACUGCACCCCCGAGAAGGACCUGACGCCUACCCAGUGUGUACUUCGAGAUGUGGUGCCGCUCAGCGGGCAGGGUGGGGGCGGACCCAGCCCCUCCCCAGGCGGAGAGCCACCCCCCGAGCCUUUUGCCAAUAGUGUCCUGCAGCUUCACGAGCAGGAUGCAGGGGGCCCAGGGGGAGCCACUGGGUCCCCUGAGAGUCGGGCGUCCAGAGUUCGAGCAGAUGAGGUGCGGCUGCAGUGCCAGAGUGGCAGUGGCUUCCUGGAAGGGCUCUUCGGCUGCCUGCGCCCCGUCUGGACCAUGAUUGGCAAAGCCUACUCCACCGAGCACAAGCAGCAGCAGGAAGACCUUUGGGAGGUCCCCUUUGAGGAAAUCCUGGAUCUGCAGUGGGUGGGCUCAGGGGCCCAGGGCGCUGUCUUCCUGGGGCGCUUCCACGGGGAGGAGGUGGCUGUGAAGAAGGUACGGGACCUGAAGGAGACUGACAUCAAGCACCUCCGAAAGCUGAAGCACCCCAACAUCAUCACCUUCAAGGGCGUGUGCACCCAGGCUCCCUGCUACUGCAUCCUCAUGGAGUUCUGCGCCCAGGGCCAGCUGUACGAGGUACUGCGGGCCGGCCGCCCUGUCACCCCCUCAUUGCUGGUUGACUGGUCCAUGGGCAUCGCCGGUGGCAUGAACUACCUGCACCUGCACAAGAUUAUCCAUAGAGACCUCAAGUCCCCCAACAUGCUAAUCACGUACGACGAUGUGGUGAAGAUCUCCGAUUUUGGCACUUCCAAGGAGCUGAGUGACAAGAGCACCAAGAUGUCCUUUGCAGGGACAGUAGCCUGGAUGGCCCCUGAAGUGAUCCGCAAUGAGCCUGUGUCUGAGAAGGUCGACAUCUGGUCCUUUGGUGUGGUGCUGUGGGAACUGCUGACUGGAGAGAUCCCCUACAAAGACGUGGAUUCCUCAGCCAUCAUCUGGGGCGUAGGAAGCAACAGUCUCCAUCUGCCUGUGCCCUCCAGCUGCCCGGACGGCUUCAAAAUCCUGCUUCGCCAGUGCUGGAACAGCAAGCCACGAAAUCGUCCAUCAUUCCGUCAGAUCCUGCUGCAUCUGGACAUAGCCUCAGCCGACGUCCUCUCCACACCCCAGGAGACUUACUUUAAGUCCCAGGCAGAGUGGCGCGAAGAGGUAAAGCUGCACUUUGAAAAAAUUAAGUCAGAAGGGACCUGUCUGCACCGCCUAGAAGAGGAGCUGGUGAUGCGGAGGCGGGAGGAGCUCAGACACGCCUUGGACAUCAGGGAGCACUAUGAAAGGAAGUUGGAGAGAGCCAACAACCUGUACAUGGAACUUAAUGCACUCAUGCUGCAGCUGGAGCUCAAGGAGCGGGAACUGCUCAGGAGGGAACAAGCUUUAGAGAGGAGGUGCCCAGGUCUGCUGAAGUCACACCCUUCCCGAGGCCUCCUGCAUGGGAACACGAUGGAGAAGCUCAUCAAGAAGAGGAACGUCCCACAGAAACUGUCACCCCACAGUAAAAGGCCAGAUAUCCUCAAGACUGAAUCUUUGCUACCUAAACUUGAUGCUGCCCUGAGUGGGGUGGGGCUUCCUGGGUGUCCUAAGGGCCCUCCCUCGCCAGGACGGACUCGCCGUGGGAAGACUCGUCACCGCAAGGCCAGCGCCAAGGGCAGCUGCGGAGACCUGCCUGGGCUUCGUGCAGCUUUGCCGCCCCAUGAACCUGGGGGACCAGGAAGCCCAGGGGGGCUAGGAGGGGGACCCUCAGCCUGGGAGGCCUGCCCUCCAGCCCUCCGUGGGCUCCACCAUGACCUCCUGCUACGAAAGAUGUCGUCAUCGUCCCCGGAUCUGCUGUCAGCAGCACUGGGAGCCCGGGGCCGAGGGGCCACGGGGGGAGCAGGGGAUCCUGGCUCACCACCUCCAGCCCGGGGAGACACCCCGCCGAGUGAGGGCUCAGCACCUGGCUCCACCAGCCCAGAUUCACCUGGGGGAGCCAAAGGGGAGCCACCUCCACCAGUAGGGCCUGGUGACGUAGGGCUGCUGGGAACUGGAAGGGAAGGGACAGCGGGACGGGGAGGAAGCCGGGCUGGGUCCCAACACUUGACCCCAGCUGCACUGCUGUACAGGGCUGCUGUCACCCGAAGCCAGAAACGUGGCAUCUCAUCAGAGGAAGAGGAAGGAGAAGUGGACAGUGAGGUAGAGCUGACAUCGAGCCAGAGGUGGCCUCAGGGUCUGAACAUGCGCCAGUCACUAUCCACCUUCAGCUCAGAGAAUCCAUCUGAUGGGGAGGAGGGCACAGCCAGUGAGCCUUCCCCCAGUGGCACACCUGAAGUCGGCAGUACCAACACGGAUGAGCGGCCGGAUGAGCGGUCUGAUGACAUGUGUUCCCAGGGCUCAGAAAUCCCACUGGACCCACCUGCUUCAGAGGUGGUUCCUGGCCCCGAACCCAGCUCCUCAUCCAUCCCACACCAGGACCUACCCAGAGGGGAGCAGGGCCCUCCCAAUUCUGAGGACUCAGACUGUGACAGCACUGAACUGGACAACUCCAACAGUGGUGAAACCUUGCAGCCUCCAGCCUCCCUCCCUCCAUGAAAGCCACUCUUAUUCCUGUACAUAGAGAAAUAUUUAUAUAAAUAAUAUAUAAGCGCCACAUAAUCAACAGAGAAAGAUGGGGCUGUCCCAGCCUUAAGUCAGGCUCAAGGGAGUCUGACCCCUGACCAAUUCACCUGAAACUCUAGGGAUACUGGCAGCUGUGGAAGUGAAGGACAAGCACUACCCUAGAGCUGUGGGUGCGGGCAAACUGGCCCCUUCCUGCUUCACCCCAUUAUGUUCAGCAAGCGGUAAGGCAAUAGAAAAGCCAGACUUGCCUCUUAUGUUCCUCUAUACUCUUUCCCCCCUGACCCUGGGGAGGAGGAAAGGGAGCCACUUAGACUGCACUUUUUCCCCCCCCCCACCCGUUUACUCUGUUUACAUAUUUUGCACUUGGGAGGAGGGAGGCUAAGGCUGGGUCCUCCCCUCGGAGGUUUCUCAGGUGGCAAUGUAACUAAUUUCUUUGUCCCUCCAUUUCUCUGCCCAAGCCCUGGCUUAGGGCCUAGGGGGAGUUUAGGAGAUUGUGAAAGCAUGUGAUGGCUCAGGCUGAAGAAAUGGGAUGUUGUUUUAAGUCCCUGCUUUUAUCCUGGUGCCUGAUUGGGGUGGGGACUGUCAUAUUGUAACCCCUGUGAAAAAUCUUAAAAUAUAACCACUCCAUGCAGGCCUA